AGACGCUCUCCACACAGACUACACUCAUGUCACUACAAGAGGCAGCUGAGGCGCGAAAGGCCCGCCUCAUCGCCCUCAGACAACGCAGAGAGGGAGGCGGAGGACCCGAUGGGUCGGUUAUUCUGAACCGCAAUUAUGACCCUGAAACGCGAACAUUGAAAAAGCGCGGGCAUGAUGACGAUAUAGAGGAUACCAUUGAAAAGAACGUCGAAGGAAUGGCAGAGAUGAUUAUUGCAGAAGACGAACAGCGCCGGGAGCAGGAGUUGGACAUCUUUAACAUUGCGCCCAAACGACCCAACUGGGAUCUCAAGCGCGAGAUGGACAAGAAGCUCGCAAAGCUGGAGCGAAGGACUCAGGAGGCAAUUCACACCCUUAUUCGUCAACGUCUAGCUGCACAAAAAGGCCAGUCUGAUGACAUCUUGGGGGCGAUGAACGCACAAGAAAAGGCCCGUGAUGCCGAAGACCGCGCAUCUGACGAAGAUGAAUGAUUCCCAGCUGCGCAACUCUGUUUGCCCGCAGGGCCUUACGCUGGAAAUACUGUACGGCGUGAAUGAUACAGGCUCGGUCUCAUUGGUUGGACACCUGCAGUCGCUUGGAGAUUUGCUCGGCUUUACCCCUACGCCAGACGUGGGGAUUCCAAAUGCACGCCGACAGUCACGCAAUCGCAAUCAUCAGCAUGAGCAACGGGAUGAAACGUAGUCAGUUCGAAUUUACUGGUAGUACAUGUGUGGAAUCGGAGCUGUCCGUUUGUACCAUCCUGUGCUCUUUCACGGAUGCUUCCUCAC